AUGAGCGGCAGAGGCCGGGGAUCGUUUCGCGGUCGUGGAGGCGGUGGCAGAGGAGGCCGCGGAUCUUUCGGCGGCCGCGGAGGAGGCCGCGGCGGCUUCGGCGGAGGAGGAUUCAACCAGGGCCCUCCCGACCAGAUCAUAGAGGCCGGCGAAGUCAUGCAUGCCUGCGAGUCGCAGCUCGUUGUCAAGGGCACUCUGUCGCAGCAAGUCCCGUACUUCAACGGUCGCGUCUUCCUGGAGAACAAAGAAGAGAUCGGCAAAAUCGAUGAAAUCCUAGGCCCAAUCAACGAGAUGCUCUUCUCCGUCCGCCUGAACGAGGGCAUCAAGGCCUCAUCUGUCAAGCCUAACACCAAGUUUUACAUCGACUCUCAACAGACGCUUCCGCUCAGCCGCUUUCUGCCAAAGCCGCCUCUCGCCAAGGGCCAGAAGAAAGAGGGCGGAGCCGCAGGCGGGCGCGGCGGCGGCCGUGGAGGGCGCGGGGGGUUCGGUCGUGGAGGCGGUCGCGGCGGAGGCUUCGGGCGCGGUGGCGGCGGCGGCCGAGGAGGCGGCGGCCGAGGAGGCGGCUUCAUGGCGCGUGGAUCUUUCAACCGCGGCGGCGGUGGAGGCCGCGGCCGUGGAGGCUCCAGGGGAUCGUAA